AAUACCUUCAACCACAUGCAUACACUGUCAGUGGAACGUGGAUGCUUAGAGAGAGUGUAUGGAUGGUCCCUUGUGAGGUUAGGGCUGGAAUUGUUGGUCUGCUCAUUUCUCGGCCUUGCAGCAGGGUCUCUGCAGCCAUUGGAGAGCAAAACAUACCAGCUUUAUCUUUGUGUGCCUCUGCUUUCAUGGGGAGAGCCUGCUCUCUCACAGGUGCUGCCUGGCCUCUGGGGACUCUCCGAGUGUGGGGCCUGGCAGUGGCCGGGCGCUCCUGCCCUGCAUUUCCAGUCCAGCUCUGGCUUUGUCCGGGCCCUCACAGACAGGGCCGUGCGGGGGGCCCUGAGGGGCCGGCCCAGCACAGCCAUGGCAAGCGGCCCCCUGCGUGCCCCAUGCCUGGAGCUGAAUCUCCAGUGUGCUGGAGAAGAGAAUUGGGUGGACAGUCGGACUAUUUAUGUUGGGCAUCGUGAACCACCUCCAGGCGCUGAAGCGUACAUUCCACAGAGAUUUCCAGAUAAUAGAAUAGUCUCAUCAAAGUACACGUUUUGGAACUUUAUACCAAAAAAUUUGUUUGAGCAAUUCAGAAGAAUAGCUAACUUCUAUUUUCUCAUCAUUUUCCUUGUUCAGUUAAUUAUUGAUACACCUACUAGUCCAGUUACAAGUGGACUUCCACUUUUGUUUGUCAUCACUGUCACAGCUAUCAAACAGGGUUAUGAAGAUUGGCUCCGACAUAAAGCUGACAAUGCAAUAAAUCAUUGCCCUGUUCAUUUCAUUCAGCACGGUAAACUGGUUAGGAAGCAAAGCCGAAAAUUAAGAGUUGGAGAUAUUGUAAUGGUAAAAGAAGAUGAAAAAUUCCCAUGUGAUUUAAUAUUCCUAUCAAGUAGUAGAGGAGAUGGGACAUGUUUCGUUACAACAACUGGUUUGGAUGGUGAAUCCAGUCACAAAACUUACUAUGCUGUUCAAGACACAAAGGCAUUUCACAAUGAACAAGAAAUCGAUGCACUGCAUGCUACCAUUGAAUGUGAACAACCUCAGCCUGACCUUUAUAAAUUUGUUGGUCGAAUAAAUGUUUACCAUGAUAGGAAUGAGCCUAUUGCAAGGCCAUUAGGAUCUGAAAAUCUGCUUCUUAGAGGAGCCACUUUAAAGAACACAGAAAAAAUCUUUGGUGUUGCUAUCUACACUGGCAUGGAAACUAAGAUGGCAUUAAAUUACCAAUCAAAAUCACAGAAGCGAUCUGCUGUAGAGAAAUCAAUGAAUGUAUUUCUUGUUGUAUACCUCUGUAUUCUCGUCAGUAAAGCACUAAUAAAUACUGUUCUGAAGUAUGCCUGGCAGAGUGAACCAUUUCGUGAUGAGCCAUGGUAUAAUCAGAAAACAGAGCCUGAAAAGAAAAGAAAUUUGUUUCUUCAAGCUUUUACAGACUUCCUUGCAUUCAUGGUUCUUUUCAACUACAUUAUUCCUGUAUCCAUGUAUGUCACUGUGGAAAUGCAGAAAUUUCUUGGUUCUUAUUUCAUUGCAUGGGAUGAGGAAAUGUUCGAUGAGGGUAUAGGUGAAGGACCAUUGGUGAACACUUCAGACCUCAAUGAAGAGUUGGGACAGAUUGAGUAUGUCUUCACAGAUAAAACAGGAACAUUAACUGAGAACAAUAUGGAAUUUGUAGAAUGUUGCAUUGAAGGGCAUGUUUAUGUACCACAUGUUAUCUGCAAUGGACAAAUCCUUCAUGAUUGUACAGGAAUCGAUAUGAUUGACUCAUCUCCAGGAGGUAGUGGAAAGGAGAGAGAGGAACUAUUUUUCCGAGCUCUUUGUCUUUGCCACACGGUUCAGGUGAAGGAUGAUGACAGCGUAGAUGGUUUGAAGAAAAGCCAGGCACAGAGAAGAUCUUGUAUAUAUAUAUCAUCAUCACCUGAUGAAGUUGCUUUAGUUGAAGGAAUACAGAGACUUGGUUACACCUAUCUAAGGCUGAAAGACAAUUACAUGGAGAUCUUAAAUCGGGACAAUAACAUAGAAAAGUUUGAAUUACUGGAGGUUUUCAGUUUUGAUUCUGUGAGACGGCGAAUGAGUGUAAUUGUUAAAUCUUCAACAGGUGAUAUAUUUCUGUUUUGUAAGGGAGCAGAUUCGUCCAUAUUUCCUAGGGUUAAAGAAGGUAAAAUUGAGCAAGUACGAUCCCGAGUAGAACGCAAUGCAGUGGAGGGACUGCGAACAUUGUGUGUUGCAUAUAAAAAGCUCACUGCAGAAGAAUAUAGCAAUGUACAGAAGCUGCUUCAGAAUGCAAAGUUGGCCCUUCAGGACCGGGACAAGAAAUUGGCAGAAGUGUAUGAGAAGAUAGAAAGAGAUUUUAUAUUACUUGGUGCUACAGCUGUGGAAGAUCGACUACAAGAAAAAGCUGCUGACACAAUUGAAGCGCUCCAGAAAGCAGGAAUUAAAGUUUGGGUUCUGACAGGAGACAAAAUGGAGACUGCUGCAGCUACUUGCUACGCUUGCAAACUCUUCCGACGAAAUACACAAAUACUUGAGCUAACCACAAAGAAAAUUGAGGAGCAGAGUUUACAUGAUGUGCUUUUUGACCUAAACAAAACUGUCAUAAGACAAAAUGGCAGCUUAACCAGGGAUACCUACUCAGGACUUUCAACCGAUACACAAGAUUAUGGCUUAAUUAUUGAUGGAGCAGCAUUAUCAUUAAUAAUGAAACCAAGACACGAUGGGAGCUCUGGUAACUACAGAGAGAUCUUUCUUAAUAUUUGCAGGAACUGCAGUGCAGUGUUAUGCUGUCGAAUGGCACCUCUGCAAAAAGCACAGAUUGUCAAGUUGAUUAAAUUAUCAAAAGAACAUCCUAUCACAUUAGCAAUUGGUGAUGGAGCAAAUGAUGUCAGUAUGAUUCUAGAAGCACAUGUUGGUAUAGGAAUUAUUGGCAAAGAAGGUCGUCAAGCAGCAAGAAACAGUGACUAUGCAAUACCUAAAUUUAAACAUUUGAAAAAAAUGUUGCUUGUUCAUGGGCAUUUAUAUUACAUUAGGAUAUCUGAACUUGUGCAAUACUUCUUUUAUAAGAAUGUCUGCUUCAUUUUUCCUCAGUUUUUAUAUCAGUUCUUCUGUGGGUUUUCACAACAGACUUUAUAUGAUACUGCGUAUCUCACACUGUACAAUAUCAGCUUCACCUCCCUUCCUAUCCUCUUGUACGGUCUAAUGGAACAACAUGUCAGUCCAGACACACUCAAGAGAGAGCCUUCCCUGUACAGAGAUGUUGCCAAGAAUGCUUUGCUGCGCUGGCGUGCAUUUAUUUAUUGGACAUUCCUAGGAGUGUUUGAUGCUGUGGUAUUUUUCUUUGGUGCCUAUUUAUUGUUAGACAACACAAUUGUGACCAGCAACGGACAGGUGUUUGGAACUUGGACCUUUGGAACAGUGGUGUUUACUGUGCUUGUGUUCACGGUUACAUUUAAGCUUGCACUAGAUACACACUAUUGGACAUGGAUUAAUCACUUUGUGAUCUGGGGAUCACUGGUAUUCUACAUUGUCUUUUCUCUGCUCUGGGGAGGAAUUAUUUGGCCUUUUCUCAAUUAUCAGAGGAUGUAUUAUGUGUUCAUGCAAAUGCUGUCCAGUGGUCCUGCGUGGCUGGGUAUAAUUCUGCUCAUAACUGUCAGCCUUCUUCCAGAUGUUCUGAAGAAGGUCUUUUGCAGGCAGUUGUGGCCUACAGCAACAGAAAGAAUCCAGAAUGCAUCAAGGCACUGUCGGGAGCACAUCUCGGAGUUUACACCUCUUGCCUGUCUGAAAAGCCCAAGAUACAGGAGCAGUGACUGCAGCAAUUCCCCAGCAAGAAGGUCUAAUUCUCAUUCUAAAAAAGCGAUGUUUACGCAGUGGAGAGGCAUUGAUUAUUCAGUACUUCCAUCUGUCUUUGGCUACUCAAAUAAGCAUUGCCGUUCCAGUGCAGGCUACCACUACAGUGGGUCAGGUUUGGAAACGUCCAUAUGAAAGAACACCAAGUCAAGCCUUUAAAAACUGUGGUUUUGUUUAUUUAUUUUUUCAGGAAACAGACAUGUCACAGAAACAUAUUAAACUAUAUGUGGCUUUCGCUGUCUGAGGUAGUGUUGAGACAAACAGGAUCAAGAGCUAGAAGUAUGAACCCUUCCAGGCCAAUAGGCCUCUUUUUAUGUUUUGAAUUACUGGAGCAAUGAACAAUCUGCACAGUCUGGUACUGUGAGAAUGGUAGCACUAAAAAUUAUUUUCAUCCUAUGUCAAGACUUCUGUGUAUUUACUACUUCUGUCAUCUUUAGUGAUUUUCUUUGUUACUUGAAGUGCAUAAUUUCAGUCAGUGACCUACAUUUUAAGAUAAACAGUUUUAAUUUUCAGCCAGGAGCAAUUGUCUCAGUUAUCUCAAAUGAAAUUCUCCUAAAGCAUAUUUAACAAAUGCUGUUUCUGAUCUUCCUCUGUCCUUUUUUCUUUCUUUGCUCUUUCUGUAGAACAAACUGGUGUUUCCUCUGUGCAAAUCUGCUUUCAAGAAACACUCUCUAAUGUUCACUUCCUUGUAAGUGGCCAAAUCAGGGCUAUGUAUGGUUUUGGUUAGUUUUCCCCUGUAGCAAGAUAGGCAAAACAAUCCUUGUGUAGAGUAUGCACACACAAUAUGAAGUCAAGUUGGCUGUUAAAUAGGUCAAUAUCACCAAUGUUGGUAUCUACUUUUAAAAUGAAUGUAAGCAUUUUGCCUAAAACAUCUUUGAAUUUGUCAAAGAUGCACAUUACCUGGUGUUCUCACUUCAUAUCCCUAUGAUUGUAAAAUAUAUACAGCAGAAAGUAUUAUAUAUACUUAGAUUUUUUGACACAGUUUUUUGGGUGUUUUUUCUGUAAAAGAAGAAAAGCUGUUUUUCUGGAUGAGCAUCUUUUACUGUCUUGAUUCAUCCUCUUAAUUUUGAUUUUUUUUUUGUGUGUGUGCAUGUAUGGUUAGAUACUGGCUAAUGGGCUUGGUAGAUGUAUUACAAAGCACACAACUGUUAGCUUUUGCAAGCACCCCACGAGGCGACACAACUGUUGACUAACAGUUGAACCACAGUUGGGAUAUAGAAACUAGUUUGCAAGGAUUCUGUUUGAAUUCCCUUAAGAAUGACAGCCAACUUGCACUUCUGUUUUCUCUGCUACAUAAACAUUACCUUGCAGUAAUUCAACUAUUAGCUGCAUCCUUGUGUUGUUUCUUUAGUCCAGUGUUUUAUUUUGGGGUGCAAAAAUAUGUGAAGGAGUAACCCAAUUUCAGUCAAUUUCAGCUUAGUGGUUACAACUGGUCAAUAGCCAUCCUCAUUCAACACCUCUGUGAGGAAUUUACCUAAAAAUUUAUUUCAGUGUGAAAACAAAAUAUUUGGAAUCAGACCUGCAGCUUUUAUUGGAAGACCUGGCCAUGACAUUGUUAGUUGUCUUUCACAUGGACAAGGGUGGCAGAGAAAAGUUAUUUCCCUUUUUGUGAUUUAACAAGAAAAAAUGGAGGCAACAUAAGUUUACUUACUACUUUACUUUAUAAUGAAAGAGAAAUCAACUUACUAGGAAAUGUUCCUCACAGUAUUUUGAGCAGUUUUUGUAUUAAACAGUGAUUUAUUAUUAAAAUGCCCUGGGUCAAGCAGAGAUUGUAAAGUGAGUUAUGAAAUCUUCAGUAUACCAAAGAUAACAGAAUUUUAAAGCCUCACAGUGAGCACCACAGAUAAAGGUUUUUUAUCAUUUAACAUAUAGCACUUUUAAGUUUCAAAGAAUGUUCUUAUAGCAGUAGCAUUUUGAAAUACAUACACGUGUGGGUGUGUGUACAUAUACUUGCCAUUACAGACUUGAAUGUUGGUCAGUUAGAACCGUCCCCUACAUAAAACACUGGUGUAUAUAUUUUUAAGAAAUUAAUAUGGGUAUACAUUUUAUACCAGUAGCAGUGACAAAUUUCUUGUGUGUAGUUAACAAAUUAUUUGUAAUGUAUUUUUUAGAAAUCUUAAAAUUGCCUUUGCACUGAAAUAUUUUUCAUACUGUAGCUAUUUAUAAAUCUGUUUUACGCAUACAUUUGUUAACACACCAUUUCUAUUUUUUUUUAAGUAUAUGUUUUGAAGGCUUUUUUUAUAACUAUAAGUUUUGGCCACUUAAAUUUAGCUUAGAGUGGAGUUGUGGCUGAAUGUUAAAAUUCUAAUGAAUGUCAAAUUAGAAAUACAGGUCUGUUGCUCUGAGUCUCACCCAAGUUAUUGAUGUUUUGUUGGGAUUUGUGGUAUAAGCGAUUAGAGCGCUGUACUUGCAGUCCUAUAUUAUUACUGCUAGCUUUUUUACUCAAUAAAACCUCCUGCUUUUUUACUUUGUGAGUUCCAUCUUUUAGCCUUAAAUAAGGAAAUUUUUGCUUGAUGUUUUUGAAAAUGCUGCAUUCCUGUUCUGCCUACUAACAAAGCAGUUCAUUGCAAACUUCAUGUAGCCCUACACUUAGAUAUUGUUGACAACAUUGUUCAGGCUGAAACACCUGUAUACCUGUUUGAGGAAAUUUUAGUUCACCAUGUCAUUAUUUGGAGGAGAAAGAAUGCUUCAAUUUAAGUGGAAGUUUCUGCUUUGAUUUAGCAAUACUUUUACCUUUAAAAGUUGGUGCUGUUUGUUUGUUAAAAUAGACUGUUUAAUGAAAUGAACAUAAAACAUCAACUUGGCUUCACUUGAUGUGUUUUUGCUUCAGUCCCUGUUACUAUUGCCAGGUAAACCUAGUCCACUGCACCAGGUGUUAACUUGGGAGUUUUACUGCAAAAGAUAAAAAGAUGAAAAAAUAUAAAUUAGAUCAAAAUGCAUUAGAGUGAUUUGUAAUGGGUGGGACACUGAGAGGAGACAGAUUUUUAAGUAUGAAGAAAAAAAAAGGAAAAGUCUAAAAAUCUGUGUAACCUUCUAACUUGCCUUGUUUAAAUUGUUGCAGCUUUAACAGCAUUAAUGUCUCCAUAUCUGCUUCUAUAAAUGUCUUGAAACUGGUAAGCGCUAACCAAAUGUAUGUGAAGACUUAGAAAAUAUUUCAAGCUUUUUGGCCACAGAAGCUCAUAUAUUCCUGCAGUGGCUUGUGGCAAAAGAUUUUUUUUGUUUUACCAUGUACAAUAAUUGUUUGUUCAGCCACUUAAUGUAAAAGCUUACAGUUUACUUUCUUGCUUGCAUUAGCCUGUUUGUCUUGACCGAACUGGCUUGCAAAAAUAAGAGGAAAAAAAUAGCUUAAUUGAGGAGCUGCACUACUUUUCUUUUGGAAGCCAGUGGGAUCCUUAUGCUCAUGCUACUGUCUCUGUUAAAAAAGCUUUAAUGGAAAUUUGUGAAAGUAUUACAAAAGUGAAAACAUACAUGAUUCUACUUUACAGAAUAAUAAAAAAAUCAGUUUAUAUAGCUUUAAUUUUUUAUCUUAUGAAAAUUCACAAGAUUUCAGUCUGCAUUGUCUUGGGCAUAAAUUCUGUGCUAUGUACAUUUUGCAUUUUAGAGGUUCUUUCAUGAUCUAAUGUAAAGUAGAAUCUGCGAAAGUUGCUCUGUGGGGCUGGAGUAGUUAUCUGUGCUUUAAACAUUAAAGAUGUCUGUAGUCAUCAGCACCAAAUACUGACACUUAUUUUUAAUUGAACAAUUUUAGGUGCAUUUAUUUGAAAAUAAAUCAGCCUUCAAAUCUAAUAUUCAGAUUAUCCUAUACUACUUCAUUUAUUUGAUUUGAAGAGUCAAUGUGUGAAUACAUUACUGUAAAGUUUCUUUUCAGUACUAUUUUUAACUUUUGUUUCUGUAGACAACCAAAUAUAACUUGUUUAUAUUCAGCCAUAUUUUGAAUCCUUAUGUAGAAUAUAUAAGCAGGAGAUACAAAUCUGCUUGCAAUAAAUAUAAACAUUCAAGACUGGUUUAAGUUUGCUCACAAAUAAUUAAAGUAAUUCUAGUAUGAAUAUGAGAUGGUUUCAUAUUAGUCUGUAAUAAAAUGUAAGUAUAUAAAGAAAA